CACUUACGGAUUUCUUCCGUUGGAAGCGAUGGAGAGUCCGGAUGAGGCCAAUCUGGGCGAGGAGGGCUCCGCUGAUCUCUGUUCCUCUGGGGUCUGGUGGCGUCCAACCUGACCAGCUGAAGCAGUUGAAGCAGAAGCUGGAACCAAGGCAUUGGCUGGAUGAGCAAACCCUGCUGUUUGAGAUCCCCUGGGAUCUGGAGGAUGGACCUUUGGACCAGGUACUGGAGCUGAAUUGGCCUGGAAGGGAAGCUGAAGUGUUAGCAGAGAGGUUGGAGGUGGCCUUGCAAGCGAAUCAAGAAGCAGAGAAAAAGUUGCUGCAAGUACCGCAAGGGCCGCAUGCAGAUUUCAAGGCCAAGUUGCAGCGCGCCGCGCUGCAGCUGCUUCGCAACGAGCGGCCCCUUUUAGAAGAAGAGCUGGCCGCUCUCCAAGGUUGAACCCUAGAGACCUGGCGGCGUCAAAA